AUGAUAUAUGUCCCCUCCCAUCCCACCCUAGAAAGGCAUAAGAAAGCACUGAAACCAGUUCCCUCUCGACAGUAUCGCCUGGAGUAUUUUAGCAAAUCUUCGAACAUGUCGCUGGUAAUUUGCCUGUUCUAACUUUAUUCAUCUCUUUUGCAUGAUUUUUCGAUAAUAAGAUUUUUGUUGAUGUGUUUUCCUGUUUGCAGGAUAGUGAGUUGUCAUAUGCACAUCGUGAUGGGCGAUUGCUGGAAAUUAUUGACGAAAACUGGCAGAAGGACAAGCUACCUAACGACGGUGUGUAGAUGAACGGCGUUAACCUUGAAGCAUAGUUCGGCAUUCACACAGAUAACUCGAGAUCACCGGGAAAGAAAAAUAUUACUAAGUAACAGAGUUGAAAUUCAUUGGUUCAAAUACUCUCAGAAAUCUUCAUGGCAGAUGCCCGUGAGACCCUUUCGAACAGAGAGUUUGUUCGGAGAAUGACCUCGUUCAACCACGUUUCACAGCUGUUGUCUCGGGUUAACAUUGGUUCCUCGUUUAUUAAGAUAAUCGAAUGGUGCCAUAUCAGUAAAUCAGGUUGUUAUUCUUGGCAAUCGCCGCUCGAAACAAAAGUAGCUAUGCUAUCCAAGGGUAUUAGAGAACAACUUUGGGUAAGAGUCUCGCCCUCAUUCAUCGUUCAAACCCAGCCUUUUGAUCCAAUGUGCAGAGCACAAAUCAUUGAGCUGCCAUGCCUCUCCUAUGCCACACUAAACUGCAUCACAAGGGGAAAGCGAGGGGAAAGUCCAUGAGUACCCACCUCCCCCUACCCUGUGAGGAAUAUUAUUUUGAUUCAACCACGUACAGUUUACAAAACCAUAUGAGUGUAUCUCAUAUUAUAUAUUGGAUUAUAACUGAGCCCCUUUUCAACUUUAACCUUCAACUGACUUCUCAUUCUGUUUUAGAAAUUGCUGUUCCAGAAUUUGAACUUCCACCUGUGGAUGACAGUGACCGUGAGUAUAGACCAUUAUUUCUACUGUAGUGCAAGGCUUUCAAAGUUUUAGUGAAGGAAAGGUAUGCUCAAAAGCAUUUGUAAACAUUUCAUCAGAUGUUAGACUAUUGUUUAAAACAUCAAAAUUGGUUGGAACCAUAAUUUUAUGAUCAAUCCCUGAAGAUGAAAUGAUACUCUUUCAGGCAAAUAAUUCUCUUGUGAGUUCAAUAACCACUGCACAACACUAUUCUGUGCAAGGGUUCUGUUGUCUCAUAAAUUGAAAAUCACUUGUCAUGUGUUUCUCUUUCACUUUAAUUUACAGACAAUGGAGCCACAGACUCCCUAAAAGAGCAAGAACAGAAAUGGACAGAUCUUGGAAUCCAGCAGCUACAGGAAUCACCACAGCACACUGGAAACUAAAUGAAAACAUUGUAUUUGACAAAAUGCUAGUUACUAAGAAAGCUAGGGAAGAGAAAAACAAAUCCAUGGAUAUAAAGUUAGAGAUGGUUUUUGUUCCCUAUCAAACCAUGAUAAUUUAAGUUUACAUAUUUCCUUUUCCUACAAAUAAAUUAAUUAACCCUUUACACCCUAACAUCAGUAUGCAUAUUCUCCAUACUGAUCUCUGUACAUUUCCCAAGGUGCUGACAAGGAGAAUUAGCUUAACAAUCCAGAGCUUCUGUAGUUAACGAUCAUUUCCAUUAUCCUCAUGACUUUAGCGAGUGAUUCAGGGGUGAUAUUGUGAGGAGAAUUUAGAUGCUAAUCACUCUUAGACGUUAAAGGGUUAAGCAAUAGACUGCACUUCCUAUUGGUUUACUGGUGAAAUAACUCACUUAGGAUGUUGGGAAAACAUGAAAAGUUUGUGGUAAAUUAUGAGUGGUGUACUCAUUAAAUACUACACCACAGAUAAUAAUGAAAGAUUUGCUGCAAGCACAGGAAUAAGUACUACCAGUUGCAAAGACUAUUGAGAUUAAAAAAUUGUUUGGGUUGGAAGAAGAGCAUGUAAGAUUAACCAACCAGGUGUUAUGACUAUAAUAGUAACAUCUGAGAACAUAGUGCACAGUUUCUCUGUUUCUGAAUUGCCUGUAACUGCUGUUUACAUUACUUUUCGUAACCUUUUUUCACACAGAAUUCAUUACGACAAAUUUUCAAAAGAACCUGUGUUGAGUUUUAUUUUCUUUUUUCAAGGAUUUUUUUUAAGUACAAACUCUAGAGGCCAAAUAGUUACUUAACAACCAUCAGUAUUAUUAUUGUGUAACAAGAACUGUAACGAUGCUCUUAGUAUGAAAAUAAUUUACAUAUGAAAUGUAUAAAAUUUAACAUAAAAUAUGUUUUGAAAAUGUAAAGUGUAUCUUGACUCAUGCCUGU